AUGGAUGCUAAGGAGACAACCGAUGCAGUGCAUCAUGAGCUCGCUAUAACCAAACCGCAGCAUCACAAUCCGACCGGAACGGUCACGCUGCUGGAAGAUGGAGAAGUUGUCUUGAUUCCUACUCCAUCACCGGAUCCUCGUGAUCCAUUGAAUCUUCCACAGACGCAGAAAUGGGUAAUCGACAUUAUUAUCGGAUUUUUUGCUGUAUUCAGUGUCCUCUUGACUUCUGGCAUGGGCCCCAUUCUCUCAACCAUCAUGGCCGAUUAUGAGUACAACCCCCGAGUCACGGACCUCAUGACAUAUCCAACCUUGUUCAUGGGCAUUGGAAAUCUCAUAGCCAUGCCGCUCGCCACAGCUGUGGGCCGCCGUCCUGUAUUUUUGGCCUCUGCUCUGAUCCUGAUGGCUGGCUCUAUCUGGUGCGCUGCUAGUCAGAGUUUGGAAUCGCAUAUAGCCGGAAGAGACAUUCUCUCUUUGGCAGCCGGACAGUCGGAAGCUUUGUGUCCGAUGAUUAUCCAGGAAAUCCAUUUCGUCCACGAACGCAGCAGCAAACUAGCCUGGUUCAGCGCCAUUCAAUCAAUCGGUACGGCCGGUCUGACCAUCGCCACUGCCUAUCUCGUCAGUGACCUAGGAUGGAGAUGGUGGUACGGUAUAUUUGCUAUUGCAAGCGGGCUCGUCUUCCUGCUCGCCUUUGUCUUGGUUCCAGAAUCGGCAUACCCGCGGCCAACUGAUGCCUACAACGGGCUUGUUCGCAUCUACCACGAAGGAGAAGAGAUAUCUGUGGUCAGAGCGACGGAGAAGAACAGGGUUCCUCUCGAUUACAACCGAUAUAAAGCACGGAGUCUGUCACAUCGUCUCAGGGUGUUUCAUGACCAUGCCAGAGAUUGGAGCAAGGCAGUUGAAUGCUGGAAGCAAAUGGGACAGUGUAUCAUGUUUCCAAACAUCAUCUGGGUGGUGCUGAUGAACAGUGUUGCGCUGGCCAUCUACGUGAUUUCUGUCACCGAGUUCUCGCCGAUUCUGUCUUCGCCACCAUAUGACUACAAAACGACCAGUCUGGGUCUUGUUCAAGGUGGCCAGAUCGUGGUAUCCCUGCUCAUGAUCCCUCUCCUUGGCUACGGUGGUGAUCGGUUAUACAAAUGGAUAGCUCGACACCGGGGCGGUCUCGCAGAGCCCGAAGUGCGUCUGAUCCCUAUCCUGCUCCCUAUCGCGGUCAUGGUCAUUUCCUCUGUGAUCUUCGGCCGCGCUGGCUCACAUCCGUUCGAGUGGUCUGCAUGGGCUAUAAUCACCACGUACAGCGGUAUUUACUUUGCAUUUAUCGGCAUUAUCUUGAUUGGCUACACCUACUCGCUCGACAGCUAUGGUGAACGAGCCGCCCCAAUUCUCGUCUUGAUUUGUUCUAUUCGUGGGUUUAUUUCCUUUGGGAUCUCGUUUGGAGUGACCAAGUUUGUGACUGAGCAGGGGUAUCAAGGUGCAUUCAAUAUAUGUACGAUUAUUGCGGGUGUGAUUUCGGCGUUUGGGCUUUUUGUUUUCCUAUAUGGUCCGAAGAUUCGGGCUGUAACGAUGAAGUACGCUGUGGACAAUAGAACCGUUGAGACAUAA